CAAAAGUUUCCUUGGAUUCAAUGAUUUUCUGGGGACUGAUUGGUUGCUGGGAAAGUCCAGGGACACUUGUUUAAAAAGCAGGAUUGGUCGUCCAGUCAGUCCAAUCCACUCCAGUUCAGUGUACACUCAUCAAGUACACUACAUUUCAUCUCGCGAUCGUUUCUCUACAACAACCUUGAGGAUGGCGGAGCCGGUUCAAACCCUAAACUCAGUGAUUCAGCCGCAGAAGAUCAUAAUUCCCAACAAAUACAAUGAAAAACUUGUGGGCUUAUUACAUGAUACUGGAUCAAAUGAACUUUUUGUGCUAUGCCAUGGUUUCCAAGCUUCCAAGGGGCACACUAUUAUGGUGAACCUAGCUGUUGCUUUGGAAAAUGAAGGAAUCAGCUCAUUCCGCUUUGACUUUGCUGGAAAUGGGGAGAGUGAAGGUCUAUUUCAGUAUGGUAACUACAGGAGAGAGGCUGACGAUUUACGUGCAGUUGUUGAACACUUCUGUGGUGUAAACCGCAUUGUGAAAGGAGUUGUUGGACAUAGUAAAGGAGGUGAUGUGGUUCUCCUUUAUGCUUCUAAAUAUCAUGAUAUUCAUAUGGUUGUCAAUAUUUCUGGCCGUUAUGAUCUCAAGCGAGGCAUAGAAGAGCGGUUGAGCCAAGAAUUUCUUCAAACAAUCAAGAAAAACGGAUUUAUUGAUGUCAAAAAUAAGAGAGGAACUGUUGAGUACCGUGUGACUGAAGAAAGCUUGAUGGAUCGCUUGGAUACGAAUAUGCAUGAGACCUGUUUUCUGAUCGAUCCAAAUUGCAGGGUCUUGACUAUUCAUGGAUCUGAUGAUGAGAUCAUCCCUGUUGAAGAUGCAGUGGAAUUUUCCAAGAUCAUACCAAACCAUAAAUUACACAUCAUGGAAGGAGCCAAUCAUGGAUACACUUCACAUCAAGCUGAGUUAAGCUCAAUUGUUUUGAACUUCAUAAAAAGCAUCCCAGCAGCUGGACUAGAGUAAAUCCCUAGUUAGGUACUCUCAGCCGUGUAACAUUUUUACCUGCAAUAAUAUCAAAGAUUCAAAAUAUAACAUUGUUUACAGUAAUUUACAACAGAUCCUAAAGUCAAAUAAACUAUGUAGAGUGUCAUUUUCCCUC